AGAGUGGCUCGAGCCUCCUGAAAGUGCCUGCCAAACCAUGGGCGUGCGGAUCGUCCAGGCCAGCGGGGAGCUGGCUUUUCAAGCGCCGGGCAAGGUCCGCGUGCUGGAUCUCUACGCCCAGGUCACGCCAGGGCAUUCCAGCACGGUGCCUACCUUUCUUCGCGCAGACGGCAGGCAGUUGAAGCAGGAUGACGUGGUGGGGAUGGAUCCAACGGAUGAGGAAGAAGUGCUUACAUUGGUUUGGGCUCAAUGGUGGCACAGCUUCAACAUCAAGGAGAUUCAACCCGGAGCUUUCCAGAAGUAUUGCCCCAGCAACCCCAGAAGCGAAGAAGACUUCAAUGCCGCUCAACUGGAGCUAGCUUUGCUGGAGAGCAUUGAUGCAACCGACUUUGGCCGAGCUUUACAAGCUGACGCGGAGCUUGCAGUUCUGCAGGUCUUGAUCCAUUUCUGUCCCGAGUCCCCCAUUUUGAAGCCGGUCCGGGAGUUCGUGGCAUUCUCCGUGGAGUAUCUGCCGCACGAAGUCGCUUCCGUUCUUUCCGUGCUGCUGACAGCGGCAGUGCAGGACAUGGAGAUCUACUCCGCGGGCUGCGACGGCUUCUCGGAGCUGCGACGCUUUGGCUUCGCCGAGAACUUUACUUCGGCGCUGUCUUUGGUGGAGGCGACCGUCAAGGCCCAGGCUGAGAGCAGUGGCACCUGGAAGGACCAGGCCUAUGUCUACUUCCGGCAGCUGCGGCCCAAGCUGAUCCAAUUCCUUCAGGUGCGGGAUAACCUGGCGCUGGAGGGCAAAGCGCAACAGAUCGACGGCUGGAUGAACCUGAAUCGCCCCUUCUCGCACAACCCACGCCACUAUGACAAGGACCCGCGGUUUAGUGGGUUGUGGUCGCUCUGAGUCCGGCAUUGCGUCAGGUUCUUUUUCUGUACCAUACCGCGGCUUGCCACACAGGCUGGCAACUUUUGGCAACUACUGCUCAAAGCUCGGUUCCGUUUUGCAGUCUGGCUACUAGUGUCCUCGCCUCGCGCGAGGGCCACGGACUGCCUUGCCAUUUUUGGCCAAGUCGGGUGACGCAUGAAGGUGCGCCUGAUUGCUUGAUGAAAAGCCACGUAGGUCCGGUGUCU